AGGGCGAGACCUGGGUUCUAUGAAAAAAUAAUCAAAUAGGGAACAUGCUUUUGAGAUACUAGAAACAUUUGAUUCUGUUACAUACCACACUAAGACUAAUUGAAGAUAAAAAAAACUGAUUCUGCAGAUAACACAGACAAGUCAGAACACAUUGAUUUCUGAUGUGACAGUCAGUGUUCGAUGAAACUGUUUAUAGAAAGUAAAGCCAAAGUGCCUUAUUUUACGGAGAUACCUUUUAAUAACCCAACUGUUAGACGAAUAAAGCUUUUUUAAAAACUCAAAGCAAAUGUUACUAAUCAUUUGGAGUCUGGACGUCCCAGUUCACAGGGUUACUUCUAACAUGUAGAGCACAUGCAGCCUUCUGAUCAAUCGAGAGUGAGGGGACUGCCCCUGCCAGAGUUCAAUUCAGCCCGAGGACCCCAUGGCAGCCCAAGGUCUUGGUUCAUGCUGUGGAAACAAUACGGAAUUUAUUCACUCAGUAAACAUUCACUAGGGUUACAGUCAUUUUAAUAUAAUUCAUCGUAAGGUGAUGAUCUCUAGGAACGUCAUCACAGUGGAGCAACCUGAAAGCUCCCAGCAGCCAGCAUGAAUGAAAGGUAGGGGCGGGGCUGCCAACAGGGUGGGGCCUGGUGAGCCACGUGCCUGGGCUCCCACAUCACAAUGUGGGUAGGGCGCCUCGUGGAGGAGACUGUGCCUGAUUGGUUCCUGGGCACCAGGUUGGUAGGGCAACCUCCUUCAGUUGGUAGAAAACACUGGAAGGAGGAACUCCCUCUGCGCUGUCUUCUCCGAAAUCUCCGCUCUCAGGCUUGUUGUAUCUAGACCCAUUUUAAAUCAAGCAGGUUCCCUUCAGACCAGUCAUCUCAGGGGAGGCAGCUGAGGCGGGGAGUGAGCUGUCAGUGGGGUGCGGCCCCCUAGCCAGGGGCUGGCCCUGCCAGCGUGCCUGUGUUUCAAAGAGGUGAAGUGCUGAACUGUGCGGACCGGGAGGCAAGGGAAGGUCCAAGUUGCUGGAGCGCACCCAAGGUGCCCCAUGGGGAACACGCUGAGUUGUUGUUUGUGCCCCAGAGGCAGACGCAGGCGAGGUCUGCGUAGGUGGCCUGAGGAUCUGUCCUUCAGCUCUGACAUCAAUGGGGCGGUGGCAAGCAAAGGUCCAGGCCAACACAGAAGGAACAAGUCCAACACCGGUGCCAGACCCAUUUGGUGCCCGUGCUGGCUGUGUGGGGCGGUGUCCGGCAGCUAUGACCUCGACGAGGCAGUGUCGAGCACAAGUGCAGACCAAGGCAGAGAGGAGCAGAGGCCGAGCAGAGAGAUCACGGUGCUCCCCAAUGCCAGACCCAAGCAGAGCCAGCACAGGGUGCACUGGGCAGAACCGAUCUGCAGCCAUAACAUCAAUGAGAGGGAGGUGGCGAAAGCGCCAGACCGUACUGCUGUGGAGCCUGCCCUGCGGGAUUUGGGAGCCGGCGACGGCCAUGACCUGCAGCACAUCAGCGACCAGGAGAUGCCCAAAGGUCUUGCUUCUGACCGUCCAAGGGCAAGCACACUCUUCCUGAGAAAGUAUCAAAUGAGUGUGCAAGAAAAGAGGAGAAGCUUUCGCAUAUAUUCUAUACCUCCAUGGCAUCUUGAUAGAAAAUACAGCUCGUGUUCCACCAUACUCCUGGAUAACAGCACAGUCAGCAAGCCUGAUCUCAGCCAAAUAUUAGGAUGUGUGACCAUGGCAAUAUGUUACAACAUAAAGCACAGAUAUGCAAAUAGAUCUCUGGCUGUUUUUGAUGAGCCAAUACAUCCACUUUCA